CACACAUUCGCCAGCUCCUUUGCCGUCCUCCGCACAGCAUCCUUCUCUUAUCUCCGGCAACAUGACGUGCAGGUUUGGAGGCUUUCUUGGGGUGAGUCUGCUGGUGAUUACUCUAGCUGCGUCUGCUCCCGUUGGGCCGGGCGGCCAACGCCCCAACCCCUUCCUGCAGGGCUUCGAUGACGCCAUCACCCCGUACCAGCAGACGAGUGGAGAGCAGGGCCAGAAGCUUGUGGGUCAACAGGGGCAACAGGACCAACAGGGACAACAGAGCCAGGAAAUUGAAGGUCAACAGGGACAACAGAGCCAGAACAACAAGGAGCUUGUGGGUGAACAGGGGCAUAAGAGCCAGAACAGCCAGGAGCUUUUGGGUCAACAGGGACAACAGAGUCAACAGGGUCAACAUAGCCAGAACAGCCAGGAGGUUGGAAGUCAACAGGAACAACAGAGUCAACAGGGACAACUGAACCAGAAUAACCAGGAGGUUGGAAGUCAACAGGAGCAACAGGGUCAACAGAGCCAGAGCAGCCAGGAGGUUAGAAGUCAACAGGAACAACAGGGACAACAGAGCCAGAAUAGCCAGGAGGAUGGAAGUCAACAGGAACAACAGGGACAACAGGAACAAGAGAGUCAGAACAGCCAGGAGGGUACUGGUCAACAGGAACAACAGGGACAACAAGAACAACAGAGUCAGGACAGCCAGGAGGGUACUGGUCAACAGGGACAACAGACCCAGAAUAUCCAGGAGGUUAUUGGUCAACAGAGCUGGUAAAGCCAGCGCAGUUUGGAUGUGAAUAGAGGUUGAGAACAGUUAAAGAGGAGCUGUCUUAUUUCUGGGCACUCUCCAUGCUGUUCUUCCUGUUGGAGACCCAAUUUGCAGCUCUGCUCCUUUGUUCUUCCUCUUGGAGACCCAACUAUAGGUUUAGGGCGCCUAAGGUGUUCACCUUCGCCUGUUGCGUCCAUCUUCUGAACACACGUUCCAGGGUUCGACUCCUGUUCCAUCUGAACACUGAUAGCAAUUUGGCUAAUGGGUAUUAUUUAUUUCACUUCAUUAUUUAUGCUUUUCUAAGUAGGUGAAAAUAUCCAAUGUUACAUUAGUAAACAGGAAGCUGUUUUAUGCUAAUUUGUACAAUGUUUUGGUUGUAAUAAAGAAGGAUGAUUAA